UCCCGGAUAAAUCUAUAUUAUCUCAGCCCAUCCCAAAUAUCGUCAGGAUCUAUAUACACUACACUAGUUCAGUAUAAGAUCUCUUGGUUCAUUCUCGAAGAAAGUUGGCUCCUGCACUCUUCGUUACGUACUGGGAAAAUCGGUAUCAUGCAUACAGGUCUCUGCAAGUGAUGUGAGGUUUAGUUCGUUUAGUGAUGAGUUGGUGUGUGUCAAUUUGAAUGUCUGGCAAUUUGACCUCUCGAGUGAUCAAUUGAUGCAGCACAAGAAGAACUUUUUUUCAGUGGGAACUGAGAAUAUUGAAGAUGAAACUACCGUUUGUUGGUGGUAUGGUUGCUGGGUGUCUGUCGACAGUAGGACUGAUUAGUUUUACCAAACUGGGGCUCAGAAAUUCUGAGGCACCUGUUGACGACUACCAGCAAUUUACGAAGUCGCCAAAAGCCCCAAUUGUAUCUCGAUCAUCAGGAGAAGAAAAUUCUAGAGUUGAUCAAGUCUUAUCAUUUGGUUGGCCCAGUGGUGGACGCAUUCAGAGAAAAUUAAAAAAUUAUGUCCUUGAAUACGACUGUGCUCGCAAAAUACCUGUUUGGGUGGCAGAACACCUGACAGUUGAAUCUCUUAAGGGUUCAGCCAACAGACAAGCUGCCAGGUUUAAGAUGGACCCUUCCAUACCAGAGGAAUUUUCAGCUCAGAACAGCGAUUAUCGAAGCUCUGGCUGGAGUCGUGGGCAUAUGUCUCCAGCAGGCAAUCAAAAGAUGUCUCAGGAAUCUAUGGAUGAAACAUUCUACCUCACAAAUAUUGUACCACAAGAUAUUCAAAAUAAUGGAGGAUUUUGGAAUAGAUUUGAAAUCUUUUGUCGUGACUUGACUGGGAUGUACGAGGAUGUAUGGGUUACAUCCGGGCCUCUCUUCCUCCCGACUCAACAAGAGGAUGGCAGGAAAAUGGUUACAUACGAGGUGAUUGGUGAGAAUGAGGUGUCUGUUCCCACACACCUCUACAAAGUUAUUGUAGCACGAAGUGGCAACGACACAGUUGCUGGGUCCUUUGUUGUGCCAAACAAACCUAUUGACUACUCACAUCACCUUAAGGAAUUUCAAGUGUCACUGGAUUACUUGGAGAAGAGAGUUGGUAUUAAGUUUUAUACCAAUAUGAAAAGAGACGAAGCAAAAGAUCUUUGUGAAGAUACAGGUUGCAAUCUGUUGUCCAAAACACAGAUGGAUCAGUUAAUCUUUACUCAGAGGCUGAAGAGGGUCAACAGUCUACAGAAGCUAAUAAAAUUAUGGAAGGAAAUUCAGGAGAGAGAGAUUCAUAUUGAUACAAAAAUACAAGAGCUCUAUCAAAAACGUUUGUUGGAUCUCUCUAGAAAAGACUCUGAAAUGGGAAAUUUGGUAACAGCUGUACAGACUGUUGAGGUACCUUGUCAAGAAGUGACUACAAUCAAACCUUUAAGUGAUAUGGACUCUACAUUUGAGCCACAAAUUUCAACACGAGUUGGAGCAAGUGGGUAAACAUUUUCAUCAAUAAAAAAAGAACUGUAAUCCAUUUAGUAUAAAAUAAAGUUUUUCAAAUGUU